CCGGGGAGCUGAGGCCAAAGUCGAACUUCAUUGUUCACGGGACACUCUCCAGAAGAGCCCGUUGGGCGCGCAUGCGCAGAGCGCGCUCUUUGUGCCCGGCUGCUGCAAGCCGCUUGUUUGUGUCUUGCCUCCGGGCGCGGAGGCGGAGCCGAGGGCGUGGCCUGGUAGGCGCGUCCCGAUUGGGCCGCCGCAGGGAGGUGGGCGGGCACGGGGCGUGGCCUCGGGUAACAACACUCGCGGCCGCGGCCCGGGCUAUUUGUUGCUGCGCCGCCUCGCUCGAGUCAUGGUCCUUGCUCCGAAUCUCCCAGCAGCAGCCGCCACCGCCUCCCCGUGACGCCCGCUUCCCGUCUUCGGACGAACCCCGAGCCUCGCCGCGCCAUGACCGUCGUCUCCGUUCCGCAGCGAGAGCUCGCUCUGGGCGGCCGCCUGGCGCCGCUCGGCUUCCUCGGGGCCCUCCCGAUGGUGAGCCCGGCCCCGCCGCCCUUGCCGCGCCUUCCGGACCCGCGCGCGCUGCCGCCCACCCUCUUCCUGCCGCACUUCCUCGGGGGAGACGGCCCGUGCCUGGCCCCCGCGCCUCGCACCGCCGCGCCGUCCGGAUGCAGCUUGGCCCCGGCGGCCGCCCCGCGGGCGGCGCCCAAGAAGCGGCGGAAGAAGAAGGUGCGGGCCAGCCCGGCUGGACAGCUCCCCAGCCGCUUCCACCAGUUCCAGCAGCACCGGCCGAGCCUGGAGGGCGGCCGCAGCCCGGCGCCGGGGCCGAUCGCCGCGCAGGAGGAGCGAGGCCCAGCGGCCACGGCCCUGCUGCACAGACAACCCCCGCUCGGCAAGGAGGUUUUAAAAUCAAAAAUGGGAAAAUCGGAGAAAAUUGCCCUUCCCCACGGCCAGCUUGUGCAUGGUAUACACUUGUGUGAACAACCAAAGAUAAACAGACAGAAAAGCAAGUAUAACUUGCCACUAACCAAGAUCACCUCUGCAAAAAGGAAUGAAAAUGACUUUUGGCAGGAUUCUGCUUCCCCGGAUAGAAUGCAGAAGCAGGAAAAAAAGCCUUUUAAAAAUACCGAGAACAUUAAAAGCAACCAUUUGAAGAAAUCAGCAUUUCUAACAGAAGUGAGCCAAAAGGAAAAUUAUGCUGGAGCAAAGUUUAGUGAUCCACCUUCCCCUAGUGUUCUUCCAAAGCCUCCGAGUCACUGGAUGGGAAGCCCUGCUGAAAAUCCUGGCCAAAGCCGGGAGCUGAUGGCAGUGCACUUGAAAACACUCCUAAAAGUUCAGACUUAGAUUUUAGUUUUCAAUAUGUAUGUUAAACAUAGAUUUUUCCCAAAUCCUUGGACUCUAAAAGGAAAUGGAUACAGCAGUGGAAACUUGCCAGCAGAUGAGCUUAAGUCACACAUAAGCAGCUUGUAUUAUAUUUUAUAUUUUGUAAAUACUGUAUACCAUGUAUUAUGUGUAUAUUGUUCAUACUUGAGAGGUACAUUAUAGUUUUGUUAUGAAAGUAUGUAUUUUGCCCUGCAGAUGUGGUGGGUGUUUUGUAUAUAUACAGUGGAGAUAUUUUAAGUGGUGCUUACGGCACGUGGAAGACUGUUUGCACAGGUACUGACGUUUUUUUUAAGAACAGCUGUCAGAUCUCAAAAGUGAAGACCUAAUGUGAAAUUCAUGUACUACUGAAGGUGAAAUCUGGCACAAUCACUGUAAACAUGGAGUUUGUCUGUGUUUCUCUAAAUUGACUUGCCUUUUAAUCUGUAAUUACUAGAAAUUUUCCUGUUUUUACCAAACUUGAAUUCUGGACAUCAGUAUGUAGCCAUUAUUGAGAUUUAAAACGCCUCAAAUUUUAAAUGCCAACAAAAUUGGUUGUAAUCAAAUUUUAAAUCAAUAAUAAUUUGGCCUCCCCCCCUUUUAA